AUGCGUAUGGCGUCAGAAAAGCUCCAGGGACUUCUCACCGCGGCAGCUCGUCCCUUGCCACCCAUCGAGGACCCCGAUUUCGCCUCGCAUUUCGACGGCUUCGGCGACUAUUCCGUCGUUCUUCUGGGCGACGGCAGCCAUGGGACGUCGGAAUUUUACUCUGCGCGAGCCGAGAUCACGAAGCGGUUGAUCGAGCAUCACGGAUUCACCAUGGUUGCCGUCGAGGCCGACUGGCCGGACGCCGAAGUGAUCGAUCGCUACGUCCGACGACGACCCGGACCCCAGGCCUCCAUCGGCAAACGCGCACCCGACUACGAGCCCUUCGGCAGAUUUCCCACCUGGAUGUGGCGCAAUCGCGAGACGCAGACGCUCGUGGAAUGGAUGCGCAACCGCAACGCGCAGGUCCCGAAGGACCAGAACGCCGGCUUCUACGGUCUAGACAUGUACAGCAUAGGGGAAUCGAUGCACUCGGUGAUCCGGUACCUGGACCGCGUGGACCCGGAUGCCGCGAACACUGCACGUCUCCGCUACAGCUGUCUGGCGCCGUGGGUCGAGGAUCCCGCCGCCUACGGACUCACAGCCAUCCGGGGGAUGCAGGACUGCGAGUCCGCGGUGGUGAAGAUGCUGCGCGACCUGCUGGACAAGCGCGUGCAGUACGCUGCGAACCCCCACAACGGCGACGAGUACCUGAGCGGCGAGCAGAACGCGUACUUGGUGCGGGACGCCGAACGCUACUACAAGGCGAUGUACUACAGCUCCACGGCGUCCUGGACGCUGCGCGACACCCAUAUGGUCGACGCCCUGCAGCGGCUCCGGCGCUCCAAGCCCGGGGCCAAGGUCGUGGUGUGGGCGCACAACUCGCACUGCGGCGACGCCCGGUAUACGGGGAUGGGUCGGCGGCGCGACGAGGUGAACCUGGGGCAGCUGUGUCGCGAGCAGUUCGGGCGCGAGAACGUCGCCCUGAUAGGCUGCGGGACGCACACUGGUACCGUGGUGGCCGCGCACGCAUGGGACGACGAUAUGCAGGUGAUGACCGUGCGGCCGUCGCGGGCUGAUAGCUGGGAGCGCGUGGCGCACGAUACGGGGAUUCCCAGCUUCUGGCUGGAUCUGCGACCCGGCAAGAUCGACCCGAAGCUGGCGGUGGCGAUGGAGACCGAUUCGGAGCGCCUGGAGCGGUUUAUUGGGGUCAUCUAUCGGCCGGAGACGGAGAAGCUGUCGCAUUACUCCCAGGCGGAGUUGCAUAAUCAGUUCGAUGCUUAUAUCUGGUUCGAUCAGACGGUGGCAGUCCAGUCGUUGGAUACGGUGCAACCGAAAACGGCGUUGGGGAGUGAGGAGACGUAUCCAUUUGGAGAGUAG